UAAAAUAAUGAAUAAAUUUUUAUAAUUUGAGAAAAUAUCAUAAGAAAUUGAUCAACAUUUGUUUUGUUGGCCUCAAACCAAAAGGAUCGUUGUGUUCAAAAAUAGUUUAAAUUGUGUUACGGAAACUAUUCAGAAUUUUUUAACGGGUUAACACUCCAUUAAAGUAGUAUUUACAGCUCUCUGCUGAAGUAAUAUUUCUUACGAGGUUUUUGGUAAUCCUAAAUGAUGUGAAAUCAUUUCAAAUUGGAGGCACUUCGGCUACAAAUGUUUUGCUGAUUGAGACAAACGUAUCUCACUUUUGACAAAUGUGAACUUUUCAUUACUAUCGUACCCGUUACAACUUAUCUAUUAUUAAUUAACGAGGAAAGUAUGGCGACCAUUCGGCCAAUUAUUUAUGUUUUCUAUCAAGAGAUGAUCCAUCGCUGAAUACAUUGCACAUUUAUUCCACGAAUUUCGGCAUUGAGAACAUGUCUUUUAUACUCGAAUAACUGUUAGUUGUUCACAUGAAAUCUCAAUAAACACAGCAAGAGAGCUGGAAAGAAUGCAAGCGACUCAUCUUUAAAUUAUGUUGUUUGUUGGUAAAUAAAAACAUCACGUUUUGUUCAAAGUUACUAAGGCUAAGUUUUUAAUCAUAUGAUAGGGAAUUGAUUAUUUCAUUUAAAUUUGUAUAAUCUCUAUAACCUAAAUGGCGAACGGAUAGCAUACAUCGAAAACUAAUAUCUGCUAAGGACAAGGGUUGAUGACAGUUAAAGUAAGGAGCAGACCUCGGAACAAGAGCUGUGUUUGCACAUUGCGUAUGCCGUGAGGGGAGCAGAAUCCAGGAAAACACUCGACGAAAUGCCUGAUUCUUUCACCUUCAGCCAGCUCGUGUUUUCGGGGAUCAUGCUUUUCCCGAUGUCUUUUGUAGUCAUGUUCACGGCCUACAUGAUGCAAUGCGUGGUCGAGAAGAUGAUCGAUUGGAUCCGAUCGUUAGCAUUCGAUUCUAAACAAUCCAAACUUUCUAUUAAAAGAAUAGAAAGGAAUGUCGACGAAACGAUCAAAUUAGACCACCCGGAAUCGGUUAGUCCUGCCAAAAUCACUGGAACAACAAACGAUGAGCCAUUUAGGAUGAAAAGCGAGGCUGGAAGAGUCCUGCGUGAGAUUUACAUUGGCACUCCUCCAGAUUGCUAA